AUGGCUGUUGGCAAGAACAAGCGCCUUAGUAAAGGAAAGAAGGGUUUGAAGAAGAAGGUCGUUGACCCCUUCACCCGUAAGGACUGGUAUGAUAUCAAGGCUCCUUCCAUGUUCGACGUCCGUCAAGUCGGUAAGACUCUUGUCAACCGUACUCAAGGUCUCCGUAACGCCAACGACUCUCUUCACGGUCGUGUCGUCGAGAUGUCUCUCGGUGAUCUCUCCAAGGACGAGUCUCGUUCUUUCCGUAAGAUCCAAUUGAAGGUUGACGAAAUCCAAGGUAAGAACUGUCUCACCAACUUCUACCGCAUGGAUAUGACCACCGACAAGCUCCGUUCCAUGGUCAAGAAGUGGCAAUCUUUGAUUGAGGCUUUCGUUGAUGUCAAGACUACCGAUGGUUAUCUUGUUCGUCUCUUCACUGUCUCCUUCACUUCUCGUCGUCGCAACCAAAUCAAGAAGACUACUUACGCUCAAGCUGCCCAAAUCCGUCAAAUCCGUAAGAAGAUGUUUGAGAUCAUGACUGAGGAAGCCGUUGCUUGUGACCUUAAGGAACUCGUUGCUAAGGUUACCUCCAGCGCCUCUCAAUCUGCUCAAGACGCUAUUGCUGUCCGUAUCGAGAAGGCCUGUCAAGGUAUUUACCCUCUCCAAAACACCUACACCCGUAAGGUCAAGAUCCUCAAGGCUCCCAAGUUUGAUGUCUCUGCUCUCUUGGCUCUCCACGGUGGUGCUGCUGCCGCUGGUGAUGACACUGGUGCUAAGGCUUCCAAGGAUUUCGUUGAACCCGCUAUCCAAGCUUCUGUUUAA